UUAUGAUUGGCUCAGCUGUACCUUCGCUCUUAGCCAAUAGGAGAGAGGCCAGUUUGCCUAUAUUAUACCGUUUCGAGCUCUCUCUGAGUUUAUUCCAGUUUUGUUCGACGAACACACCUUAUCAUCAAAAUGAGUGGCCGAGGGAAGACCGGUGGUAAGGCUAGGGCUAAGGCCAAGACUCGCUCAUCCCGUGCCGGCCUUCAGUUCCCCGUGGGCCGUGUUCACAGACACCUACGUAAGGGUAAUUACGCCCACCGUGUGGGAGCUGGAGCUCCUGUCUACUUGGCUGCCGUGCUGGAGUAUCUGACCGCCGAGAUCCUCGAGUUGGCUGGUAACGCCGCCAGAGAUAACAAGAAGUCUCGUAUCAUCCCUCGUCAUCUGCAGUUGGCCGUGCGUAACGACGAGGAGUUGAACAGACUGCUUGGAGGUGUAACCAUCGCUCAGGGCGGUGUGCUGCCUAACAUCCAGGCUGUUCUGUUGCCCAAGAAGACCGAGAAAGCAGCCAAGGCCAAGUAA